CAGAAAUCAACUACCUAAGUCAAUUUAUUCGACAGUUCUUUUCUUAAUUUACAGAUGCAAAAUUUGUGGUAAAGUGACAGAUCAGAUGAUCACUCUUAAAAAGCACAUGCGUGCCCACCGGAUAGAAAUGGAGAAGACAUUGCCGUACGCGUGUGAACUUUGUCCCCGGAAGUUUGAAACCGAAAAGGCCAGAAACAAACACGAACGGCUGCACGGGCGCAAGAAGAUUGUGGUCCGGAGGGAAAAGGGCCGCGACGAAGAACUGUUGGCGUUCUAUAAGAGGGUCUGGUGUGACAUCUGCGAGACGGAGAACAACGAAACUCGCGAGUUUGAGAACUUUUCGGAUCUGAAGUGCCACAUAAUAGCGGAUCACAACAAGACACCAUACUUGAAGUGUCCCAUUUGCUUCAAGAAAAACGUCUGCAGGCAGCAACUCAUUGUGCACAUAGAUGUUCACGAAAACCCGGAUCGAUACAGGUGCGACAUAUGCGGUGAGGUAAAUCAAUUCCUUGAAAGGCACAAGGCAAAAGUUCACGGUAAUCGGGAACCGGAAAGCGACGAGAAGAACUACGGCUGCGAACAUUGUGGAAAAAUGUUCCGCUGUGAAACGAACCUAAAGAAUCACAUUGACCGGGUCCAUGGUCUGAAGGAUGUUAUGUGCGACAUUUGUAAUAAACCAUUCAGCAAAAAGGCCCUCGGCGCUCACAAACGGUCGGCGCACACGGACGAGCAAUUCAUGUGCGAACAGUGCCCGAAAAUGUUCAAAACUCGUAGUGGGCUGGAGUCGCACAAGGGUGAACACGACGCCGAUCUGCGCAAGCCGGUCAAGUGCGAACUGUGCGGCAAGGAGAUGCGCCGUGGGGCGAGCUUGGCCAAACACAUGAAGGUGAUCCACACGAUCGGAGAUCCGGUGAACUGCAACAUGUGCGGCAAACAGUUCCGCACGAAGUUCCAUAUGAUGCGUCACCGGGCCAACACGUGCGCGGCCACGAUCAAUUCCAGGCCGUUCAAAUGCGAGAUUUGCGGAAAGGGAUUCUCCAUGCGGCUCACCAUGAACGAACAUAUGACGACCCACACGAGGACCAGCUUGUACCAGUGUGCUUUCUGCUUCAAGACGUUUGGCUACAUUUCCAAUCUGUACAAGCAUCGUAAAAAGGCUCAUCCCGAGGAAUGGCAAGAGGUGCAAGCGAGGCCGGAUCAGGGUAUAGCCACUUUUAUUGAGAUGAGAAAUUGAGACGAUCAAGGUAAGGAAAAAACAGUUGAAUAUUGUGGAAAUGUUUGACUGUUUCCAAUCUCGCCUGUAAUAUUUCUCUACUCACAAUGCAUGAUAAUUUUAAUUCUUUUAAAUUAUAAAAAAAUAAUAAAUAUAAUAUUCUACCGACAU